AUGGCUGUCGCUGAUGAGUGGGUUCUCCCCAAACCCUCCAUCCAGGCUGACCCAGGCACCAUGGUUGCCCAGGGGAGCCCAGUGACCACCUGGUGUCAGGGGUCUCUGAUGGUGGAUGUCUACCGUCUGUAUAAAGAGAAGGGCUCCAUAUACUGGGAGGCUAAGACCCCACAGGACUCCAGAAACAAAGCCAAGUUCUACUUUGCAUCCUCAAGCUCAAGUGAUGCCAGGCAGUAUCAGUGUGCAUAUCAGAGCAGGAACGGCUGGUCAGUGCAGAGUGACCCCCUGCCCCUGGUGCUGACAGGUAAGAGGGAGGGCCAGGUCCCUCGCACUGUGGGCUCCACAUCACAGGCAGAGGAGAAACCCUCGCUCUCGACCCAGCCCGGCUCGCUCGUGCUCCCUGGAGACAACCUGACCCUCCGGUGUCGCUCAGAGGCCAGCUUUGGCAGCUUCGCUCUGAUUAAGGACGAGGGGCUCAGCCCUCCCCUCCGUCUAGAAGGGCAGCAGAGCCCCGACCUCACCCUGGGCUGGAUGAGCUGCACCCACAGGGGCCGGUACAGAUGCUACAGCGGACACAACUCCUAUGCGUGGUCGGACCCCAGCGCCCCCCUGGACAUCCUGAUCACGGCUGAGGUGCCCCUGUCCUGGCCCAGGUCCCGACUGUCUUCUCAGGGCGCUGGACCAGGGUCGGCCCUGGUGGUGACGGGUCCAGGGAGAGGGUCCUGGAGCAGAGGCCCAGGAAUGCACAGGAAACCCUCCCUCUCCGCCCACCCGGGGGCCUCAGUGCCCCAGGGAGAGAACGUGACCCUGCAGUGUCGCUCAGAAGUCCAGUCAGACACCUUCCAUCUAUCCAAGGAGGGGUCACUCGCUGCUCCCCAGCACCUUCGUCUGCAGGACCCGGCUCCACCCGUUCAGGCCAACUUCACCCUGCGUGCUGUGACCUCAGCCCACAGUGGGACCUACAGGUGCUACAGCUCACAGAGCACUGCCCCCCACCUGCUGUCGCUCCCCAGCGACCCCCUGGAGCUCCUGUUCUUAGGGAGCAGCUGGGGCCUGCGGACCCCACCCACAUGUGGGAGCUCCACGUCCGCUGAGUAA